AUGAAAAAAUAUGGUAUUAUUAAUGAUGAUGGUGAAAGCAGUCAUGUGGAGGAGGAAAAAAUUCCAAUGACAAAACCAAUUACCAUCAAUUCAACAAAUGGAUCAAACUAUGUGAUAUCAUCAUCAUCAUCCAACAACGACUCAAACAUAGAUUUGUCAUCAUUAUCACAACUGCAACCACCACUAGAGUCUGAAGAACAAUUCGCUUAG